CCGAAGAUCAACUACACGGAUACUUAAAAAUGCUACUACAUCAUCAAAGACCACCAAGAGCGUACAAAGGUUAUAGUUUAUCAUCUACAACAGUUAUGCGCGUUUACCUCGUUCUAUUGGCCAACGUGGCAAUUUUCGAUGCUGAGACUACAUCUGAAGGCUACCUUCCUAAGAGUAAUAAGCCCGAAAUCAUCAGUGGUAAUCUAAUUGACCAUCUAAAGAAACACAACAAUCUUCUUCGAGCUGAUCGCUGGUGGCCAGACCAGAGUCCGGUGGAUUGGUCUGUUCAGUGUCACUACCCAGCUACCCCACAAACCGACUCGUCUACGUCAUUCUGUGUUCGGACCCUUCAGAUCAAUUGUAGGCCAUCUUCAGUUCGCGCUGUCUACCAAAAUGUCGUCUUCAAAUCGCCAGUUGAACAGAUUUCGCUGAGUGUACGUGCGAGAGGCGAACAGCUGGACCCUGCGGCCACCGCCUCGUUUAUGGGUCUUUUGGCACUUGUGGAACUGGCAGAACCUUCGCCUCCCGUAUUUGUUGAUGUUGAAGUCGAUUCAAGUCGACUUUCGGCGCGCUCAAAUGAUGAGCCACUUUUAGUAUCUAGCGUAUAUCGUGCUCCAGCCGGUGCCGGUGGGGUUCAGUCAGUGACAGUAAUGGCGGGGUGCCAGGGCUACGUCGGUACGGUGCUUCUAUCAGAAAUGCGUUUAGAUGCUGAGAGCAAAGGUGUCUCUAUCGAAGGUGGCCCCUGCCAGGAGAGUCACGAGGAAGGAAGCAAAACGAAAUCUAGAGAUCGGAAUCUUACCGUGUCAGCAAAGCCUGUGUACUUACUGGGCGAGCCGCACUCUGAAGGUUUCAGAGGUCUCCGUGAUGACGUUUCAUUGGUAACUCAGGUGUCGAUGGAUCGAUUAGGUGUUCUAGAGCACACACUCGAUCAGUGGGAUACUCCUGUAUCACUGGUCAUCUACGCUCCACUUAAAGAUGGAAGGCCUUCUGGUGACGAUUGGCAACGCUUGUACAUCUCCAAAAAGGUCACGGCGUUUAAGUUGCAUCCGUCUAGCGUGGUGAGUCUUGUCUACUCUGUAGAUAAAGGGGAGCAGUACCCCAUCAACGCUCUUAGAAACAUCGCCAUACGACAGGCACAUUCACGCUUCCUGCUUCUCGCCGAUGCAGAUUUCCAGCCAUCGCCUGACCUAGCUAGGCGAGUUCUUCCUUUAGCCCGUGACCGAAGCAGAAUUUCAUCGCGUGCGUCUAUCAUUGUCCCAGCUUUCGAGUACGCGGAUGUUCCCCACAAAAGCGAUGUAGUGGCUGCCAACAAGCAAGAACUUAUGCAGCUUAUACAUGCGCAGGGUAUUGUAUCGCCUUUUCGCCGUAAGGAAUCGCCACAGUCACACGCCGCAACAGAUUACUGGCGGUGGUAUACAGCCUCGGAGGCAUACGAAGUAAAACCAUCCUCUGAUAAGUUUGAGCCAUAUCUGGUUGUCGAGAAAAAUGCACAUUUACCUCUCUACUGGGAGAAAUUUACUGGUUAUGGAAUGAAUAAAAUAAGCCAUAUGUCUGAACUUCGCGUAGCAGGAUACAAAUUUUGGGUGGCACCGGACGUUUGGCUCAUUCACGUACCUCACAGGCUUUCAACGCAUUUCGCUGAUCAUCUUCAAAAUGCCACUUAUCGACUAGCUAACAGAGCUCUACGCUUCGAAUUUCUUCACUAUCUUCGACGAAAAUACCAUCUUGAUUGCAACGACGAGCGAGCUCUUUGAUCACGCAAUAGCUUGUGCAGACUUAGUUCUGAAGUUAUAUCCUCGAGUGUGCUACUCUUCAGCCCUUUUCAGGAAGAGGGUUUUUAACAGCAAUAAGGCUGUAUGGACAACUGAAGUUAAGAUUCUCCUAAAAGUCCUAAAACAACUUCAAAGUAACAUAGUCGUCAUAUAAAGAGGGAUAUACAUACAAAUAUAUCUCAAACAAUACAAUAUGAACAAAUUCCGCAAAUAGUCUGGUCUUACUCCAGAAAUAUGUACCGCACCUAAGAGCCGCUAUAAACUUUAGUGUCCUUCGACUUCUCUCAACUAUAUUUAGUCUGUAGGUGUUCGAGGAUAAAUAUGAAUAAGGACAUCUAGGUAUGCGGUAGCACUAGUAAUUAUGACAAAACUUCACCUGGGUACUAUCGUUAUGUAGGUAAACACGUGGAUCAUUAAUUAUUUCAUGUCGGGGAACCUUGGGUAAACAAGAAUCAAUUAUCUAAUGUAAUUUAACGAUUUUCAACCUAAAAUCGUCUCAUAGCCACUGGUCUCUGAUGAAAAACCGUUUUGAACAACACUUUUUCGUGAGGGUCGACGGUCAAGAGUAUCAAGAUGGGGACAUUUCUUACAAACGGCUUUAGUGUACGAUGAAUUUACCAUUACCGCAGUUACGUUGAGGAUUGUUUGGACAAAUUGUUCAUUAUUUGUCAUUUACCGCUGAUUCAAAAACGUAUCUUUAUCUCUGAAAUUUCAGAUGCAGAUUAAGAAAUGUACUUUUUUAACACGAGGUAAUGCCGGCACAUAUAGUAGAAGUGCACGAGUACGAUUUAUGCAAGCUUUAUUACUUAUAGCGGGUUGUUUUUAGUAAGUCCAAUCUUUAACCCCAUCUCUUCGAAUGCACCAGUUGAUCAUUUGUGUCUGGACAAUUAUAUAUAAUAUGUUCUUUGGCUUGAGCAUGCUAGAGACAAAUGAAACUAAUACACAAACACUAUUUUGAAAAGUGAAAACCUGAAGACGCUAAAUUAGAGAAACUUUGGUGCUUGGACCUUGGUCCACAGACGCACCUAUUUUUUAUAAACUAGCUUCGAUUGUUGAAACUCUUUUGAAAAAAAAAACGUGUGCAGUUUUUGUACAAAAAAAACUUCAACAAUCAUAGCUUAAAAUUUCAAAUAAAAAAUCGGUCUUUUGUUCUAAGUCACUCUAUUUUAAGGCGGUAUAAUUUCGUAUUAAACUCAUGAAUGAUUUGCUUGUAUUUCUCACGUUGUUUGCUCUGAUAUGAAAGGUUGCAGCUAACACUAGUACAAGAAGUGGUUCUUUUAAAGCACAAAAUUUUCAG